AGACUUGAAAUUAAAAAUGCGCAUGCGUAUGUUUGAGUGCCAAUUUUGAAAACAAAAUGAACCUCUUUUUUCAAAUGAUUUACAACACAAUGAGUGAAAUCAUUUACAGUGUAGCAGAUAUUGUUGUUGCUGUCUUGUAACGUGACAAAAUGUCGUCCAAUUCGAGCAUGUCUGUGGGCGUUUGCGUGAAGUCAAGCCCGCUAUCAACCAUCAAUUGCAACACCGUGAACACGGCAGAGCGAUCACCGACACGGCGGUCAACAAUGAAACGAAGAAGUCAAAACGCGGAGAUUCGGACCUCGUUUCCAGACAGUGUUAAUGCUGUUGGAGAAGGCAAAGAGAACAUGGAGCCCUUUGUCGAAGAAUCAGACAACGAAGAAGAUGAAGAAGUGUUCUUUGGUGACAUCACCGACAUGGAGAGAUUCAAGAUGGCCAAACUACGCCGCAAGACCCAGGUCUUUGUGGCUAACUUCCGGGACGUGUCGUCAUCGGGGAGCGGAACAGACAGCUUGGAUGAGAGCAGCUCAAUGCAUCAUUCAACGUCGUCUCAAGACUCCAGUGUUGUGAUCUCUUCUUCCGCAGAACCUGAAUCUCCAGCUAGCUGCAACUCUUCAGGUGAAACAGUAGCAGCCAUGCACCAACAUCCAAAACUGUCUCAUCUAGAGAGAAUGGCACCAUCAUCGACAGACAGUCCCUCUGUCUUGGCUCAUCGGGCGGCUGCCAAGAUUCAGACUUGGUUCCGCUUGACUCGGCAAGCUCAGGAGUAUCAAGGGGUCAUGAGAGAGGUGGAACGCCUGGAGGCAAAGACGGAUGAUUUCAUCCAGAAAAUACGCCGAGAGAAGGAGAGAAUAAAACAGUGUAGCACCCCUGAGCAAGGUGGGAGGUUGGAUACAGCGUCGAGUUCACCUAUGGUCAUUGUCCCAAGUCACAGACUUCAUCUAGUCGAGACAUCCCCACAGCAGGACAAUGACGUCACUACACUGCAGCAAUCACUCAAUCCAGCUCAGCUCUCCACAGAUAGUACCGCGAAUGUCAUCUUCAAUGCUACUAAUGACAGCGAAUCUAUCGAUACUACAACGUCAGGAAGUGCCUCAUUCUCCCCAGUCAAACUUGAUGAGUCGAUUUCUGCUCAGUCUGAGGUACCGAAAGCUGAUUCAGAGUCAAAUUGUUCAGCAGCAGAGCAGGAAAGUUACGAUACCCCCGACCGGCAUGUGCAGGGGACAUACCAGAGCAAAACCAAUGCAUCGGUUGAAAGCAGCCUGUAUUCUACCCCUAGCUUUGUACAAUCAGGCUCUGCUAGUCAAGUAACAUCAGUUUCCAGUGCAGGCACUCUUUACCAUGCCGCAUAUUCUAAGGUAGCGUCAGAUGUGAAGGCACAUGCAGUAAGUGAAGAGCACUUUGUUGGUACACCCUUGGAGUUUAGAAAAACUGAGCACAAUGCAACCAACAGUCCCUUCCUGCAAGUUGAGAAAUCAUCAGCAUCAUAUCCCCAACGCACCCCUUUACGACAACUUCACACGUCGGGCACCCUGUCGUCAUUUCCAAAGGUCACUUAUGAACAGAUUCAGAGCCCAACAGUCUUCUCCAGCCCCAGACUGUUUCCUGUGACCGUUCAGGCCGUGCAGCCACAGCAGUCAGUCUCCUCAGCCGCGCUGUUUUCUCCUCUGAAGAUUUCCGAUCACACUCCUGUUCAGGAUUAUCAACAUUCAGAGACAAUGAUGAGUCAGAGUUUCAGUGCUAAAGUAACGGAAUCCCAAAAACCCCAGAAAGAAAUAGAGAAAGAAAAUCACAAUUUAGCAUUUGACUUUGACACUCGUCAACCUACAGCUCGGAAUGCAGACUCAGUGAGACAGGAUUUAGACUAUCAGGCUCGUCCUUGCCUCGACAGUUUCACUGCCUCGUCGACACCCUUAGCCGCCUUGCCAGUGUCACCAAAUAUAAGUGUCUUGAGGUCUGCCCAAAAGGUUGCAAUAGUCACACCAAACUCUCCACUCCUUCCAAAUACGUCUAGAUCAGAUUCCAAGUCUCAUAGUACCAGAUGCGAGAUGGAAUACAAAACCAUGCCAAUAGCUGAUGAAGGUCCCAGGCAGCAGCUCAGCACAGCCCAGGAGAAGGGCCCAUCCCGUCAUUUCUUUCCAUCUCCCUUGGUCAUGACCAGAGACACUCCAGAAACCACAACACAAUCGGUACCUGUGACCCACCCCACAGGCCGGCCGGACCCAUCAAACGCCUCCAGAUUAGAGGCAGCAUACGGAGGGCGGCCUGGCAUUACAACAUCGCCAUUUACGGGGGCCCGAAGCUGCGAGUCAGCGAGACGCAAGGUGGAACUGUUGGAGCAGAAGAGGGCAGAGUUGGCCAGACUGCGAGCUGAGAAAGCUGAACUCAAGCAGACACUCAAGACAGAAAAUGAAAUGUGUUUUGCCAUGAAGCAAGAGGUGAAGGCUGCUCUACACAGCAACACAUCACAGACCAACAUCCCUGUGCAUCUACUCAGCUUAGGAUGCCAAGGAAUCUCCUCACUAACACUGACAGACCAGGAACUGGAUAUAGUGACUCGUUUGCAUACCAUCAGAAACAGUCACCAUGACAACCUGCAGGGCGUGGCCGCAUCACCCAUGGUUACUCCAAUACCACACAAAGGAUCGCUUCAUCUGCAAUGGCACUCUGAUCUGGUAACCGAGGUCCACUGCCUGUCAAGCCCAGGGCAUCCGGUCCGUGUCGCCAGACCGAUUCUAGCAAACCAGGAUGUUUGUAAAGCAAGACGCGUACCUGCGGCCAGGACUGCCAGCCCUGCUCAACGGGUUCCAACCAGACAAGACAAGUCACGCUACCCUUCUGGUUACACUCGCACACCCAGGGAAAAACUAGCAUUUUGAAGGAGACCCUCCACUCAAAAUUCAGAUUGUAAUUGUGUCUCACGAGGAGCGUGAGUGAAGCACGAAAUAAUGUAGUGCGUCUGUGUCUCGUAUGCCGCGAGGCUGAAAGCUGAAUGGUAUAUGUUCCACUAUAGCCAGUAGGAUAACGAAUAUAUCUUUGAGCAAACUUGACGCUUAAUAGAGGUGGAACAUGCACGCUACACACAAACUUUUGUUUUUUGGCAGUUAUCCCAUUACAUGUGUGUGUAAUAAUAAUAAUAUAAAUAAUACCGCGGAAUCUUAUAUAGCGCACGUAUCUACCAACAAUUAGGUACUCAAGGCACUGCCAUGGAUUGACCAAUAAGGAUCAAGGCUCGAAUGUAUUUGUAAAUGAAUUUAUAUUGCCAUGGUAUAUUAUGAUUGACAACUUCAGCUGUUUGUUAAAUCAUGGUGUCAAUAAUUUAGUGAAUAUGUACAACAUAAUUUGAACAUAGUAUGAAAUCGUUUUUGUGAUUGAAGUUAGAAGUAACAAAUGAACUGUGCAAAGAAAUUGUUCAAAGCCUCGUUAUACUUGUUUGUAAUGUUGAAGCUUCAAAAUACACUGGAUUAAUAAUUAUAAGUUUUUUGAGUUGUCAUCAACUGCUCCACAGGCAUUCUGUUGCCUUAGGUCAUACACAGUUUCCAAUGUAAAACAGGGGCGUGAGUGACCACUGAUAAAAAUAGCUGAAAACAGGUGUAAAGAAGCUAAACUUUGGAAAUCUCCUAUACUUUUGUACACAGCAAGUGAGGGAAACAAGCUGAAAUUUAAAACAGAAAAGCUGAAAUCAGCUUUAAAGCCGAGAUUUCAUACCCCUGGUAAAAGUAACACGAGGUAGGACUUAACACAAUGAAGGAGUGUAGUUCAGCUAUCACCAGGUUAUGCUUUUAUUUCUCCAAAUCUCAUUAUAAUACAGGUACAUUAUAUACAAACCAAGAACUGAAAGUAUAAAGAAAGACUUGAUAACCAAUACACAUUAUAGUUAAGGCUUUAAUAAUUACUGUACAUUAAACCUUAAGGAGACAAUUCC